AUGAAGGAGAGCCCAACUCAGAGUGAGGGGUCCUACAACUUUGCAGAUAGUCAAAAUCACAGGAAAUUCCAGCUUGAUUUAAAUGAGAUUGAAAAUGAUAAUGGUACAGUCCACUGUGAAAUGCCAGAGCUUGUCCAGCACAAACUUGAUAACAUUUUUGAACCCGUCCUUAUUCCUGAACCUAAGAUCCGGGCUGUAUCUCCACAUUUUGAUGACAUGCACAGUAGUACAGCAUCCACAAUCAAUUUAAUUAUCUCCCAAGUAGCCAGUGGUGACAUCAACACAAAUAUCCAAGCUCUGACACAGAUUGAUGAGGUCCUGAGGCAGGAAGACAAAGCUGAAGCUAUGUCUAGCCACAUUGAUCAGUUUCUGAUAGCAACAUUCAUGCAGCUAAGACUCAUCUACAGCACACACAUGGCAGUUGAGAAGUUGGACAAGGAUUAAAUCAUCAAGUUGUAUAGCUGUAUCAUUGGCAACAUGAUUUUGCUAUUUCAGAUAGAGAGCCUGGCCAGGGAGGCCUCCACUGGAGUACUGAAAGACCUGAUACAUGGACUGAUCACAAUAAUGCUGGAUUCUCGGAUUGAAGAUCUGGAGGAAGGACAACAGCUGAUUUGUUCUGUGAACCUCUUGGUAGUGAAGGUUUUGGAGAAAUCAGACCAGACCAAUAUCUUCAGUGCCCUGCUUGUUUUACUUCAGGACAGCCUGCUAGCAACAGCUAGUUCUCCCAAAUUCUCAGAGCUUGUAAUGAAGUGUCUAUGGACAAUGGUUCGACUAUUGCCUGACACCAUCAACAGCAUUAACCUAGACAGAAUCCUUCUCGACAUCCACAUUUUCAUGAAGGUCUUUCCCAAAGAAAAAUUGAAGCAAUGUAAAAGCGAAUUUCCUAAAAGGACUCUAAAGACCGUUCUGCAUACUUUAUGCAAAUUAAAAGGACCUAAGAUCCUAGACCACCUUACAAUGAUUGAUAAUAAGAAUGAGUCAGAACUGAAGGCUCACCUGUGUUGGAUGAUGAAGCAUAGCGUGUACCAGACUAGGAGCAAGUCUGAUAAGGAAACAGAAGGGGCAAGUCUGAUAAGGAAACAAAAGGGAGCUUCUCGAAUAGAUGAAAAAUCAAAGAUCAAAGGAAAUAAUUUCUUAGCUGAGAUUUUUAAGAAGAUUGGCUCUAAAGAGAACACUAAGGAGGGCCUAGCAGAGUUAUAUGAAUAUAAGAACAAAUAUUCAGAUACUGACAUUGAACCGUUUCUGAAAAAUUCCUCACAGUUCUUCCAGAGUUAUGUUGAGAGAGGCCUUCGGGUGAUUGAGAUGGAAAGAGAAAGCAAAGGCCGCAUCCCCACUUCAACAGGCAUUUCCCCUCAGAUGGAGGUCACAUGUGUGCCCAACCCCACAAGCACAGUGUCCUCUCUAGGUAACACAAAUGGAGAAGAAUUGGGACCAUCUGUCUACCUGGAAAGACUAAAACUUCUCCAGCAGUGGUGUGGUCUUGACAACACAAAGCAAGAUGACCGUCCUCCACUGACCUCUUUGCUCUCCAAACCAACAAUUCCUCUUCCAGUUGCCUCCUCCACAGACGUGCUCAAUAGAAAGCUCUCACAGCUAUGGGAGUCCGGGGAACAGUACCAGCACUCAGACCUAGAUUCCAACGAGACCCACUCUGCAGGAGCCAUGACCUCCUCCUCCACAACUAACAUUGAUGACUUGAAAAAGAGACUGGAGAGAGUAAAGAGCAGUCGCAAAUGA